AAAGAGAGUUUAAUGUUGUUUAGGUCGAUGGUCUCCUUAGUUAUUAUUCAUGGGUCUAUUGACUGUUGGUUAAGAGAAUGGCGAGUCAGAGAGCUCUUCAGUUCUCUGGUGUUGUGGAGCACGAACAGAUUCAGAAAAGAACUUUCACCAACUGGAUAAAUUCUCAACUCGCUAAGAGAUGCCCUCCCUCAUUUGUGUCAGACCUGUUUUCCGACCUCCGAGAUGGAUCACAGCUGCUCGACCUGUUGGAGGUGAUGAGUGGUCAGUCUAUGAAAAGAGAAAGGGGCCGUGGGGUUUUCAAGCAGAGGGCCAACAUUGAGACAGCUCUCAAUUUCCUGAAGAAAAAAUCUAUCAAAUUGGUUAACAUAAACAUCCCAGACAUCAUAGAUGGACGGCCCUCAAUCAUCCUUGGCCUUGUAUGGACCAUCAUCCUCCACUGUCAUAUUGAGGAGCUGGCCAGUGCUCUCUCCUUCAGCUCUCGUCAUUCCUCCCUCGACUCCCUGGCCAGCGUGGACUCCUGGUCUGGCAGCCCUGUCCCAGCUGGUCCAGUCCCUGCAGGCAGGACAUCUCCCCUUCAUAGACGCUUCAGAAUGUCUGCCAAGAAGGCCCUGCUCAUGUGGGUCAGGGAGCAAUGCCAAAGGGUGGGUAGCUCUGUCAGUGUGAAGGACUUUAAGUCGAGCUGGAGGACCGGAGAGGCCUUCUUGGCCAUCCUGUGUUCUCUCAGACCACAGCUGGUUGAUCUCUCACUGGUUCAGCACAGAAGCAACCAGGAGAACCUGGAAGAAGCCUUUCACCUGGCCAGCAGGGAGCUCCACAUCCCCCGCCUGCUGGAGCCCCAGGAUGUUGAUGUUAACGACCCCGAUGAGAAGUCCAUUAUGACGUACGUGGCUCAGUUUCUACAGUACUCCAAUGACAUGCCAGCACCUGACGACCAUCUGCAGCUGUUUCCUCUGGAUCCGCCCUCCUGCUUCUCACCUGUGACUUUACCUGCUCACUUCACUCCAGCAAUCGCUAUCUCACCGUUACGUCAGGUCUCGCCAAGUGAACGAGCACAAGAGGUGACUUGCUGGCUGCAGCAGGCCUUUCAGGAACUGUCAGAAGCAUGGGCGGCUGCGGGGAAUUCAACCUACACAGAAAAAUAUCAAGUCCUCCAUAGUCUCACUGGCCCCUUCACUGAGCAAAGGAGACCUGUAAUGACCCUCCUCGCUACCAUAAGACGCUGCCCUGAGCUGAGUCAAGCGCAUCAUGCUCUCAGGGCAUCGUGGGAUCGUCUGGAGGAGGAGGUGCAGAGAUGUAAAGCAGAUCUGGACCUGAGUCUUCCUCGUCCUCUGGACUCAGUGGUUGUGUGGCUGCAGCGUGCAGAGGCAGCGCUGACGGAAGAGGGAGGAAGAGUCAAAGAUCAUGCAGAGGCUGCUAAAGAAGCAAGAGCUCAACAAGACACCCUGAAGGCUUUAAUUAAGGAGAUGAACCACCACGUCCAAAUUCUUGAUGACUACCCCAACACGGAUGACUCGGGGAACGUGGUAGUGCCCCUCGAAAAGUUUGAUGAGAUUAAAAGACGUGUCACCCACAUCAGAGUCACAGCCAAAUAUCAAGGGAUAAAGUUGGAAUACCAGGAAUGUCGUCACACUGUACUGGACCUCCUACUCUGUAUCAAGGCGAAGAUCCAGGCCUGGAAAACUCCUUACAGAUCAAAGGAGGCCAUACAUGUGCUCCUGCAGGACUGGCAUGAAACAGUGGAGCGCAGAGGCAUGCUUCUGAUCCUGAUGGACACUCUCCAAAACCUGAAGGAGAAGGCAAACGCUUACACCAGCAAGGCAGCACUGGGUGAGAAGUCCCAGCUUGUUAAUCGUCAGGUGAAAGAAGCAGAAAGCGAAGCUGAAUUGGUCACGCAAGCUGUAAGGACUGUGAGAGGGAGGAUGGAGAAAGUGGUGUCUGCGUGGGAGACUUACAACAACUGUCUCACCUCUCUACAUUCAUGGCUUGCACAGACUACACAGUCACAAACCCAGUCUCCUGCUGUAGGGACACAGGAUGUGAGUGAGUGGAUGUCAUGUCAAGCUAAGCUAAAUGAGGUGGGGAACUUACUUAUUGAAGUGACAGAAACUUCAACCAGCCGCACUCUGGCCGAACAGCUCAGCAGGGUCAACAUGCAGUGGGCUGAAUUUAUGAAGAGGACAAAGUUUGGAAUAGCAUCAGAGCCCAGUGUCGGUCCCCCAAAUCUUCACGUGGUGCAUUCACUGAUCCAGGAGGCCACCUGUCUACUGAGACAACCACUGGAUGUGGCCUCAGUUCCACUGAAGGCAAACAGACAGAAACUACAGCUACUGAGUAAAAAGAUGGCAGAAGUGGACAUGUUGUCUCUCAGUUCUUCCCCAGACUUUCAAACGAGCCACAUAGAGAACUUCCCACAGAUGCUGGCUGAAGCAGAGAGGACCUGCGGGGAGCUGCAGCGGGCUGCAUCCAGGCUAGAGGGCCGUCUGGCUGAGAUGGCCCACUGGAGCACAGAUGCCCUGGACUGUUACCAGCACCUAAAGGAGAGAGAGCACAGAGGACACUCUGCACUGGACUCUACAGCCAAAGUGCUGAUCUCCCGAGGCGUGCAGCUGGAAAAUCAAGUCGUAACUGAGGGACGGGAUCUGCAGGACUUUGUUGAACGAGUACAGAGGACCUGUCCUCUGCAGCACCUCAGUACCUCUGGGAUGCAGGACAGGAUCUCAGAGAAAGUCUCCCACUGCCAGGAGAUUCUUGGAAUGUUUAGUUCCUUUGGGUACAAGUGGCACAAGGGUGAACCAGUGCCCCCGACACAGAGACAGCCAGAGACUGGGUUAUUUGUUGUGGCCAGAACCAAACAUGUAGAACAGACUGGGAAUGUUAAGCUACAAACCCAGAACCCAAGUCAGCUUCCACCUCAGAUUCCAUCUCAUAUCCCUCAACCAACGACAAGAGAUCCCUGGGUUUGGCCUAAAGACCAGCACACGAGCACACAAGAUGAAACAGCUAUUGUCAAAAUCCAGAUGCUGCCUCAGCCUUUGAGGGAACCAGUACCCCAUUUCAACUCUUCUCUUGCUCAAAGUGUGAAAGAAGCUGAAUCUAAGCCUGAAUCCCUUACUCAAGCUUCAAGUCAGAGUCAGAAUCACCAACCUUUAGCUUCUUUGACCAAAGCUACUGUUGGACCAACAUUUCAAAAAAGUCUGGUUGUGUCAGAACAUGCAACAAGUGCAGUGACAGGGGAAAAGGAACGCUCACCCCCCUCACAAACUAAGGAAUCAAAAUCCAGAAUAAGAGGGCAACCAAAGACUCUACAGAACAAUAAAGCAUCUCCACAGCCGCCAGUUAUGGUCCGCAGUGAAGUUCAUUCAAAAGCCCAGUCCAUGGCAAGAAGCAGGCUGGAGAAGGCCAGGGUUCGUGUGCAAGGACGCAUCCAGCAAGCCAUCAAGUUAUUUGGUGGCAAAGAGAUUUCAGAGUCACAGGCCAAGAAGAAACAGGCUGCCACAGACGAAGCUGCGUCUUUUGAGGAAAGUGUUGAAUCACUGCGAGAGCUGCGUGAAACACUGACACCGAGUAACUCAUCCUGCCUGGCAACAGACCAGCUGAAGGAGUCAGACGAAGCACCGGAAACACAACCCAGUGACACAGCGCUCCCUGCACACAGCAGGGGACAGCAGCUUGGGGGAAACACCCCGCUGAGAGCGACUGGCAUGACCGCCGACACACAGCCGGGCAGCAAUCUGCCACAGAAACAAAGCAUAGACAGCCCACAACAAGACCUCUCACCUGUGGCUGGCUCAGUGCCACUUUGCGGUGAUAUCCUUCCACUGCGAUCUCAGGACGCCACAACAGAAAGGAAGGACCACCUGACACAGCACAGAGGUUCUGGGUUGGGGCAAAAUCGAAAGCCUUCACUCCGAGCCCAAGAGCAGCUACUGAAAGCUCAUCUGCUCCACACAGCAGAGAGCAAUCAGCAAGGCCAAGCUCAUAUACAGGCGGUUGUCAGGGGCGACACAGUGGAGACCAAGCAGGAGGCAGAGUGGACCGUCAUCCCAGAGGCAGUCGCCCCGCCACAACAGGAAGAGCACCCCUCUGAGCAGGAAGUACUGGAGAGAUACAGAGAGUCCUGCUUGGUAUUUCAGUCUCAACUCCAGAAGAACAAGCAACAUUUGGAGGAGUUUGUUCCAGAACCAGUCACAAUCUGUACCCUGCAGAACCAAAAGAAGCAACUACAGACUUUGAAACAGGAGACAGACGCACUGUGGUUUGAGCUUGAGCAACAGUAUGCUCACCUAACCCAGUCCCUCCAUCUGAAGAUCAGGGAAGACCUGAGCGAAGUGGAAAAAGUCUGGGAGCAGGUGACUCAGGAGUGGAGAGGCCAACAAAUGUGCCUAAAGAACAGGAUGACGUCUCUAGAGAACACAGCUGACCUGAUGGAGUCUGCAGAUGAUCAGAUUGCACUGAUCACACAAAGACUGGACGGGAUCAUGAGAGAGUCUAUAGACAUCCGCUCCUUCAACUUGGCAGACACUAGUCUGCAGUCUGACUUAAAGGAGAUGGAUGACAGGCUGCAGUCUCAAAUGAGAAAACUAUCAAAACAAAGCAGUGAAGUGGAGAAACAGCACCCAGAAGCCAUAUCCCUCCACCAGGCUCUCCAGAGCAGUGUCAGUCAUCUCCAGCAGCUCAGACAGCAGCUGGAGAAGGUUCAGUUAGCUGCCCGGGCCGUGGAUCACUUCCUGGCCACAAUGAGGGAAGUCAAGGCCGAGAUCCCAGCCCUGCUGGCAGACCAGGACGCCAGCAGGCAGCAAAAUGAGGCGAACUGGGAGCAGGAGAGACAUUCUUGGCAGGCAGCAAUGCAGCAGAGGUUGCAGACUGCUGCGGAACAAUGUGAUAGCGUUGACAGCAGUUUAAAGGCAGCGGGCAUAACUCUGACCAUGGAUGGUGUAACUGUGACGUGCCAGGAUGUGGUGACAUCAUUGUCCAAGCACGCUGUGGACGUGGAGAAAAAGCUGAUGAGAGCCAGGCAAAAGGAGAGCAGAGAUGAAAUAAAUCCAGUGGGAAAGGGGCAAAUGCAGAGGAAUGAAGAGUUGAAUCCUAUGGAGAUACGUCAGACAAAGACUGGGGAUGAUUCAGUCCAGCAGGGAGGAGCACAGGAGCAGGGGCAACCACCUCCAAGUGGGGCAGAAGAGGAGUCAGGACUGGAGGCCAAAAGGAGUAGGUUGAACGGAGAGAAUGACACAAAGACACAAAGGAAGGAAGAGCACAAGGCUCAAACAUGGAAGUCUGAAGGGGAUCAGAGAAGAAGAAGAAACAGCCAUGGAAAGAAAGAGGGAGAGGAGAAGGGGAGCUUGGUCCAGAGGAGAGCUGCCUUGUUAGGAGCACUGAGGGAGAUAAGGGGAGCAGCUGAGCAUCUGGGGCUGCGCGAGCCCACCCUGCCUGCCCUGCAGCAGAGGACACGUGCCUUGACAGAGCUGGAAAGUCGACUUGCUGGCCUCCUGUCUGAGCUGCAGGACAUACAACAGGCAUCUUCGUCAGGAAUCAGUGAAGUGAGUCAGAGCACUGAGGUGGAGGGCGUCUGGGAGGAGACAACAAAAGCUGUAACUGAAAGGCUGGAGCAGUGUUGCGUCUUAACUGAGCUGCUGAAGGUGUUUCAGAGCACUCGUGGUAAGCUGAGUGGGACAUUGCAAAGGGCAGAAAGCACCAUCAGUGAACAAGCCUCCUACAUGGGGAGAGACAACCUGCAGAGAUUACACACUAAGGUUCAGGAAACAAAAGAUGAGCUGAACGCCCUUGGGGACGGCAUAGAAGAAGUCCGCAGUGUCUGCAGGCAGCUUCACACUCACCUACGUCAAAUGCCAGAGUGCACCAUCAUCCCAUUUGAGAGUGAAGCUGAUACUCUUAUGGACAGCUGGCUGGAUAUAUCAGAGCGAACAGAUUCCCACCUUGAAAACUUGCACCGUAGCCUGACUCUGUGGGAUGGAGUCCUCCAGCUGGGAGCAGAGGUGGAGAGCUGGGCCGACAAUAAACUAGCGGUGUUUGCUCAGUCUCCAUCCUUUCAGUCUGAGGAUGACAUCAAGACACUGCAGAACGAGAUUGUGGCCCAAGAGAAGACUGUGGAGAGAUUCCAACAGAGAGCCACUGAGAUUCAGUCGCUGCUUCAAAGCCCAGAGCCCCCCCUGGAGCUGCAGGUGGCGGAGACUCAGAUGAGGAAGAAGAUAGAGCAGCUGAAGGAGCUUGGUUCUGAGGCUGAGGAUGUUUACAGGCAGCUGGUGGCUGCCAAGGGACAAAUUACUUCCAGGAUGGUCGAGUGCUUCAGCUCCCUCCAAAAGAUUCAGGACUCCCUCCUCACUCUCAGUGGUUCAGAUGUUGCAACAGUCCUUGCAAAACUUAAAGAACUUUGUUGGCAGCUCCAGACCCAGGAUGAGCAGGCAGAGAGUUUGCUGGAGGACCUGCGUGUUAUGACCUCUGUAGCCGGUCCAGACAGCCUACAGACUCUGUUUGCGGACGGGAUACAGCUGCAGGAGAAAGUCAGAAACUCCCAUCAGCUCUUCUCUGAGGUGGAAGAACAGACUCAGAGGAAUAUCCAGGAUCUGGACAGGCUGCAAAGGGAGAGCGAGCGUUUGGAACAAUGGCUGCAAGACGCAGAGGAAAAAACAGUAAGGGAGGAUCUUAGUCUGCUGCAAGAGGAAUCACUUAAACAAAGGGCGAGGACAGAGCUCGUCAGUCAGCUUGUGUCGUCCCUACAAAGCAGCAACCUUCAACAGUCUGCGCUGGUGCAAGAAAGUAACAAACUGCUGGAACGAUACCACAGCUUCCACACCAACAUGCUACAUGGCGCCAAGGAGAAGCAGUCGUCUCUGAGCGGGGACAUAGAUGCAUUUCAGGCUUUGCUGAACUCCCCACAAUCCUCGGUCGGAGGUCUGAGACGACUUGUUGACUCUCCACUUGGUGAAAGUUCUGUAGAGCAGAGACUUCACCGUGCUCAAGCUGUGGUAAGUGCAACAGCAGAUGGAGAGGCUCGCCUUGAAGUGCUCAGAGCUACUGGCAAUGGUCUGAGCCACAGACUGUGUGAUGAAGAUGAUCUGAAACAGGAAAUUCAGGAAACCAUUCAGAAAACAGAGGAGCAGUGGAGCGACCUUCUACAAUCAGCCGAGCCUUAUCACAGGAUUCUGCAGACUGAUCCAGAGCUCACCUCCUCCUACCUGGCCAGAAGACAGGAAGUCUGCUGCGGAGUGGAAGAGCUGCAGCGCCAAAUUGCUCAGCUCCCCACUUUAUUCCCCUGGCCCGGCACAGCUGAACGUAGACAAGCCUUCCUUGUAGCUCGUCAACUGUGGGAUGAAUCUAAAGCCCUGCAAUUAACUCUUACCAGCCUGGCUGAGCAGCAGAGGGAGCUGGGAGAGCGAGCCAGCGAUGCCAUCUGGAAAGAUUCCUCCUGGGCUGAGCUGGACGGCCGCUGCUCAUCACUGAUGGCAGAGCUGAAGGAUGUGUGUUGCCGCCUCGAGGAAGGUGUGAGUAAUGAGGAGCAUUUUGACCAGUUACUGCAGGACUGCCACCAUAAAUUGACAUCCCUGCAGGAAAGGAUGUCCAGCUGUCAAACCCAGAAAGAUAGCUCAGCUGUACUGUCCACUGAUGCACCAGCUCUGGAGGCUUUGCUCCAAGAAGUAACAGACACAGAGAAAGACAUUUUGCAGCUUGUAACACUGAAGGACUCCAUCACAGACAGUUCCACAGUUGAAGCCCAAGCCAGCCUCUCCCAGCAAGUCAGUAACCUCCAAAACCACAGGAGGGCGCUAGACGGCAGCAUCAGAGAAAACCUGGCACUGCUCACAGAAAACACCAACCAGAGAGUUCAACAAGUGAAGGAAGAGGUCUUCAGUGUACAGACAGCCUUGAAAGACCUGGCUGAAAAUGUUGGAGAUCUGUGUGAGAACCAUGAAUUGUUACCUAAUAUCAGCCAGCUCAAACAGCAGUGGUGUACUUUACAGGACUUUGAUACCAGACUGACAGAGUUGGCUGCAAGAGUUUACAGCCUGCAGAAUCCUGGAGAGUCCGGCAUCACACUAGAAAUACUUCCUGCAGGUGUCAUCGUGAAUGUUGAUGGAGCUGCUAAAGACCUCGACAGCUUCAGGUCCAUUUUUCUACAGAGGAAGCAGGAGUGUGCAGAAAACACUGCUAAUAGGGUGAGACAGGUCAUUAGGCAACUGCAGGAGUGGAGCCAAACAGUACAAGCUGAACCACCAUCACCAAGCCAGGCAGCUCUGGAUGAAGGUCUGCAGCUUCAACAAUCUCUCUGUGAAGUGCUCUCAGAAAAGGAUUUUCUUCUAAAUUGUUUGGGAACAAAAGUCUCAGAGAACCUAAAGAAAAAUGCUUCAGAUUCUCUCUAUGAAAGCACAUCUGCAUUUGAAACACUGUCUAAAUGCCUGGUGAGUGAAGGUCAUAGCGAAGUGGAAAUGGACAAAGGUUUGCAGCUUGAAACUGUUGGAGAAGCUUUUAGAAGAGACGCGCCACAUUCAGCCACACCUGAUGAAAUGAUGGCCAUGUGUCCUCCAGCGUCUCCGUCCCUGUCUGCUACAGACAAGGAAAAUUCAGAAAGUGAUCAGAAUGACAACAAAAUGAUAAGCAAAGGCACGUCCACCACUUUAGGAAAGCAUCAUCCUUCCACCGAGCUUGUCACAAACACUUCAGGAGGAUUUAAUGUGGAAGCCGAUGCUGCGAGAGAGGGCGAAACAUGUAUUUCUAUGGAACAAAUAGACAUUUCAAGUAUAUGCACCUCAGAUAGCCUUGUGCAAACAGCCAAAAAAGACGCCUUAGUACCUAAUCAAGUCCCAAGUGCAAAAAUCCCAAAUAUUUUCAGUUCAGAAACCCAACAGGAAUCACAACAGUUAACACCUUCUCCACCAAAAAUUGGACACAGGACACUUUCUGUAAAUAACACAGAGCCUUUAAUGUCAGUACAAUCAGAGACUUUUAAGGCACCUACUGAUGCUCAAGAACAGGAGAAACCCUGUGAGGACAUCAAUGUGUCCCCACAGAAAGUGUUUACAAUAGUGUUGGACAUGGAGUUGCCUGUGUACCAGUCACAGGACACGCAGCAAAGGGAAAGUGUUGGAGCCAGCAGUCCAGAGGUACUCACAUGUUCAGAGGGAACAGAGCUCACAGAAGUUUCAAGCACAGGACUCCCCGAGAAAACAUUAAUCAGUCCUAAACCAGACGAAACAGACUUUAAAGGACAUUGUUUAAAAAGUCUCAAAUCAAAUGUGUCUCAAGGGGCAGAUUCAGAAUCAGGAAGCCCCUCUGUGUUAAUGAGCACGGAGCUGCAAUCUGCAAAUGCCAAAGUAUCAUGCAAAGAAAACUUAGAAACCCCUGAAUUAAUGCACAAUGAGGUGCUGAAUUCCUCCAAAUCAUGCGGCUCUGUUACUGAAUGUCAGCUCACUGGCACUCAUGCAGCAGAAACAACAUUUCCCAAUGUCAAACAAGAGGAGGUGACAGAUUUCUGUCACACCGAGAAGCAAACAAUGAGCUCGGUCCUGUGCACUGUGGAAAGUUCAGUGCAAACUGGAGAUGCCUUAACUAAAACUCACAUAUCUGCCGGUGACAGUAAACAGACGAUGGGUGCUGACACUGCAGAGAGCACAGGUACAGGACAUGCAGAGAUGGCAGAAGGGGAAAACACAGAAGAAGCAAGUGACCCCGAAGGCCCCGAGUCCACACAUUCAGAAGUGCCAGAAAGAGAAAACAACACCUCGCUGCUACAAGAAGAAAGUGAAUCAAAGUUACCUGCAACGCUGGAGGACACAGAGGUGACUCAGGGACAGUUGCAAGAAGACAUGGAGCCCAGGAGGACGGUGCUGGGUUUGUCAGCUGAUCGGGGUGCUGGAGAGACGACAGGUGGAUCACCUGCGUCCUCCAAACACAGACCCACCAUGCAGGAUAUUUUGUCUGAGAUACAGAGCUUGGUGGAAGGAAGUAACAUAAUAAAUAGGACACCACACAUCGAUUUAAACUGGUAUCUGAAGUCCUCUCCUGGUGAACCAGAGAUUCGUCUGGUACGAACUGUCCAGCAGGUUCUGGCAUGUCGAUAUCAACCAGCACAACUUGAUAUCACAGCUAUGGCCAAACAGCUGGAGGAAGCAGAGGAGUACAGGUGCUGCGUGCAGGAGCAGAUAGCUACUAUGAAAAGCAUGAGGGUUUCUGACCCAGAUGCCUUGGAAAGAGCUGAGGGACAAUGGAGUGCAGCACUGCUGGAUGCCUCUGCCACGGUGCAGGUGAAAGCAGCGCAGCUGGAUCAGGUCACACAGUAUCACAAACAGAUGAAGAUGACCAGAGCUUUCCUGCAGGUUUUAGCUGCUGAGAAGGAAAAAAUGAGUUUAAAUGCUUUGGGAAGCAGUGCUGUUCAAGCUGACAAACUCCAUGUCCUACUGCAAACCAUGGAACAGAAGAAAGGCGUAAUGGAGGAGCUGCUCCACCUAAGUAGCCAGUUAUCGGUCCACUUGAGUGACACUGAAAGUUCAGGUGCUCUUCUUGCCCAGCUUGGAGAUGUCCAAGAGGAAUGGAGGCUUUUAGAAGGAAGUAUCAAGCGAGCUCUACAACACGCCACAAACUCCACCUGUCAGUCCUCUCUUCUUAUAAAAGAGGUCGAACAGCUUAAAGCCAAGCUCAAAGCUCUCCAGAAAUCCAACUUUCAAAGCAAUGACAUCAAAAGCACCUUAGAAUUUAUUUGUCAAACCACAGACCUAAAACUGUAUAACCAGCUUUAUCUACACUUACAAUCACAAGCAGAUGCUUUUGUCCAUUUCUCUUUGGGUCAGAAGGAGAAGGAUGAGAUCCAAUGUAAUCUUCAGGAACUGGCCUCAUUGCUUAAUGUCACCAAGACAAAGCUCCACACUUCCACGUACAGCCGUGGAGACAUUUCUUCAACAAAGAUCAACAAACAAUUACAAGACUUGGUCAUAUGGGCGAAGCAAGCGGAAAACCACAUCUCUACUGGGAAAAAGUUGGCUCUUUUCCCAGAGGAGGCUCGCAUUCAGAUUGCUGACAUGAAGAAAUUUCAGACUGACAUUUUGUCCCGACGGUCAAAGAUGCAAGUACAGGUUGAGGAGAUGAAAGAUGUAGCCUCUGAUAUGGAAAAGGAGGAAAGUGACCAAGCACUGAAGACAAUAGAAGACCUAUAUGAAGCCACUGCUGACAGCUUGGAUCAUGUCCUUGAGACCAUGAAGAAACGCCUACAAGAGAGGGAGAAACUGCUAUCCCAGCUUGCAAGCAUGGAUGCCUGGCUGGCUGAAACACAUGCUACAAGAGACCCCUGUGCCCAUGUUGAAAAUGUUUCCAAAGCUGACAUCCAAAAGCUGGAGAGCGAGCUGGAGAGUCACAAAUUAGCCACUGUGGAGAUACAGAGCCAGCUAAAUCUGGUGGAGGAAAUGGCAGAAAGUUGCAAGGACAUAGCAGCGGGACUGAGUCCAGGAGAGAGCCGCUACCUUGUCAACAGACUGUCAGGCCUUUGGACAGAAUUAGAUGGACUACUAGCUCAUGAGAGAGCAAUCAGCUGGGAAUUAGAGGAGCUGAUCCAUCAGCGAACAUCUUCAGAUGAGGAAUUAUCAACCGUCCAGGCUAGCCUAAAGCAAGUUGCUGCUGAUUUGGAGCAACAAAAGUUCCCUUUAACACAGGAAACCAUUUCAACAGUUGUACUUUUGAAGCACAUGCUGAUGGAGAGUCAGUGUCAAGUACAAGAGCUUCAGCACUGCCAUGAGGCCAAGCGAAGUGCCCUCUUGUACACCAUUGGGGAACUUCUAGACAGGUGCAAAGCUCUUAGUCUUAAUGCCUUCGAGCAAGACAAAUAUCUGCACCUGAGGAGACAAAUGGAGGAAUCUAGGGAUAUUGCCAAAGAGCAAAUUCAGCGUGCCAAAGACAAAUCAAUCAGUGUGGGUGACAGGUUCAGACAAUACCAAACACUCUUGGUUGAACUGCCUUUGGUGAAGACACAGUGUCAGGAAGCAGGGGACCAACUGGAGGCCAUAGCUCAGGAGUUAUAUCCAUCUGAGCUUAAUUCAGAGAGGCAGAGGAUUCACCGCACUGUGGAAGCUUUGGUGUCCUGGGAGCAUUCUGCCACAGAUGAUAUCAAAAAUCUAGAGACCAAGCUUUUGCUUGGACUUCGCUUUUCGUCCGAACUUCCUGCCUUAAUUGAGCUUUUCCAAAGAACAAGAGGGGAACUGCAGGGAGCCGAGCCCGUCUGUCCAGAUGAGAAAGCAAUAGACAGCGCACUACGAAGAUACUGGGUCAUUUGGAGAAAUAUGGAGUCUGGGAUGAGGGUGUUAGAAGCUCUGGGACGGAAGGAAAAAGUUAACCUGAAGAACUACAAGGAGCUAUACUCUCUUAGAGAUGCAGCCAUGCAAGAAUGCCAUUUACGAAUGGAGAGUUUAUCCCAAGCUCGAGAAUCCUUGAAGGAUUACCAUUGGGCUGCUCAAGGAGCAAUAGCCUUCCUUCACAAUGCCGAAGCCACCUUUUUGUCAGCUCCUGGAGGGUUUUUGGACUGUACCGAGGAACAAAGACAGACCCAGCAGGCUCUAGAAGCACUAGAAGACGGAUUUCAGGCUCACAUCUGUCACAUUGUGGAACUGGUCCCCCAGCAACCCUGCCUCUCCCGCCCAAAUGCUGAGCAGCUCCACAUCAGCAUUCUCAGCCAGUUGUUGGUGGGAAGGGCCGUACUGGAGGCCCAGGCCCAGCUCAGGCUGGAGUCCUUACAGAGGUGUGCAGUAAGACAACAAAGCCACAGGAGCUGCCAUGAAGACUUACGGCAGCAUCUUUCUGGGUUUGAAGCCAGACUUUCAGAGUGCGCUGCAGCACAAGUGACAUCCUUUGAUAAAUGUGUAGCCCAACAAGGGAGAGCUAUGCUACUGAUGGAGGAUCUCCACAACCUUGCUGGGAAGAUAGAAGACCUGAGGGCUGGAUGUCCGAUGCAGGGCUGUGGAGUUGGUAAAGACGGUGAGCUGGGUGCCCUCUGGCGCCGUUGGGUAUCACUACGACGUGGUGUCGGCCGCCUGAUGGCACACUCAGAACAGAGACAAGAGGAAUGGAAGGACAUCACUACAAGUAUGGAGCAGUGUUGCAGUUUUUUGGCCAGUCUUCAGGCUGAGGUGCCUGACUCCUCCACUGUGAGCUUCACUCAGGAGAAACCCCAGGAUCUUCUUGCCCAGGCUGAGAUGCACCAGGCCGGUCUGGAGCAGGAGCAGCAGGCCUUAGCCUCCCUGGAGCAUCGACUGGAGCACGCACUGAGCUUGUCUAGUUCCCAGGAACCCAUCAGUCCUGGACCUGUUGGCAAAACACUGAUGAAGAUCCAAGAGAAUGUCAGGAGCCUCAAAGAGAGAAACCUGCUGGUUGUAGCUGCAGCCCAGGCAGAAGAGAAAGAGAGACAGCAAGUCCAAGAGGAGAUCGGAGAGGUGGAGAAACACACGUUGGCCCUUCUCUCCGCACUGGAGGCCUCUUCAAAUCCAAGAAAACAACAGGAGCUCAGAAAGGAUUGGUCCUCCCUGAAGGCCAAACUGGAGUGUAUCAUGGAUGGUGUGCAGAGCCGAUAUGCAGAGAUUCCUGCUGAUAUCAGCAAACAUUUACAAGAAGUUCAACUGUCCCUACAGAGAGCAGAGGAGAAGCUCACGGAGGGGAGCAACCCGGUUCGGAAGCUGGCUGGUCAAGUGAAGGAGCUUUGCUCAGGCCUCGAGAGCGUGAAAAUGUUACUGGAGCAGAAAAGUCCAACAGUCAACGAAGCUGAAAAUGUGCUCAAGCAUGUUUGGGAUGAGCUGGAUGCGUGGCACAGCCGCUUGAUGCUCCUGGAGAGCGAGGUGCAGGAUCUUGCAGAGGAGCAACCAGAGCAAGCCCACCUCCUUUUGGACCAACUCACACAACCACUACAGCUCUACCAGAACACAUCCCAGAUGGCAGAGCACCACACCUCCUUCCUCAGCAAGAUCCCUGCCUGUCUUCAGGAGUUUGAAGACAUCUUGUACAGCGCCACCUGCUGGUUAGACGAGGCCCAGUCGUGGCUCAGUGCUCCUUGCUCAUUCACAACAGCCAGAAGUCUCCAGAAUCAUGCAAAGUCCCUGCAGCUGGUCCUGGACGACUCUGAGAGGAUCAGGGACACCCUGCAGAACUUCAGGCCGGUGCUGGCUGAGAUCUCUGCUGUGUGUGACGUCAGCACGCAGGAGGAGAGGCUGGACCAGAAUGGCCAACAAGUCCACAACAUGCAACGCAACAUCCUAGAGCCACUGGAGCAACUCCUGCAGGCUGCUGUGGCGGUGGAGGCGAUGGAAGCUGAACUUAAGACUAUGGAGAAGAAUGUUCCGAAGAUCAGAACAAUUUUGUCCUCCAUGGAGAACGCCAACAUCACUCUGACAAAACAUCUUCACAACCGACAGGUGAUCCUGGCCAACGUGCAGUCAAUGCGGAGGACACUGGAGGAGGUGGACAGAUGCAAAGGAGAGCUUCACCUCCCACAGGGAGCAGAGGACAGCCUGCUGGUCUUCUCCCGAGCCAGACUGCUCCUGCAGCCGCUCGAGGAACUGGAACAACUCACCCAACAACAAGUCUCACUGCUGGAGAAGACUAGAGAGGAGGAGGAGGAGGAGACCAGUAAGGAUCUUGGCGUCACCACAGUCUCCAAUUUUCCUGAAGAGAUGCAGCAGCUAGACAGACCUCCACGCAGGCACUUAGUCAAGGACCCAGAGGAGACACUCAACCUUUCAGAUGUGAAAAGUGAGGAUACUGAGGAAAUGAAUCCUUUGUCAAAUGUUGAGGAGCUGGAGAGUUUGGCUCUUCAGUUUUCCUCUGAAGUGGAGACAAGCCCAGAAGGUGCUGAAGCUGGGCUUUUACCUGUGAGGCCUGGGGGUGAUACCAACGACUUUGGGUCUAAAAAUGUUGUAACUGGAUUAAUAACAGUGGACUCUAAAGCUGAACACCAGUUUGCUGCUGCUGCUCCUCAAGACCAACAUGACUCACCAAAACAUGAAACCUUGGACACGGCAACUUGUGCAGCCGCAAUUGAAGACACAAGACUGAUUCCUUCAAGACCUAUAACUCCAUUCACAGCCGCGAGAGCAUCAGUGGAGCUCAUAGAGGAGGGAGACGAAGAUCUGUCUUUGUCCACAGUCCCCCAUCAAGACCUGGACCCUCUGAAAGAUUUGAGGGAGCAAAACGAAGUUAGGAACAGUGAGAACAGUUUGGUGAAAGAAUCCCAACAAGUCCAGGAGUCUUCUAAGGCGCCAGUCAGCUUGGCAGGACAUGAAGAAGACGAGAAGGAGCAGCUAAGGUGGACUCGACUUUAUAACCAGAUCUCUCAAAAACUGACCACUUUGAAAAAAGUUCAGGAGGAGCAUCAAACCUCAGUCAGCUCGGGAGAUGCAGCGACCCAUGAAAAGGUUCCACUAAAGGAGCUGAUGUCAACUGGAUCUGCUUCUGCUAUUCUCCAGCGGACACAUGAGUCCAUUGCUGUGCUAAGACAAAUAGUGAAGUCUGCAGACAGUUCUCAUCCAGGUGUGAAGGAGGAUUUGUACGAGGCUCUCCGGAGGGUCCUCCUGUGUCUGGACUCCUGGACUGACUUCCUGUUGACUCCUGGUGGUGCUGGUGAGGAUGAAGCCCAGCUGAGGCUGCUGCAGCAGGAGUGUGUAUCAGCUGAGCUGGAGACUCUUAAUGAGCUGUUGAAUAAAGUGGAAUCAGAGACCAGCCCUGGACUUUGGAAAGAGGAACCAGACGCUUACCGCUGUUUGACCUGCCUUCAAGAUUGUCUUCGUACUGUCCAGCUGGUCUCCACCUCAUCCAACAAUCAGCUCACUGAAGAUCUGGGCCUCAAGAAACAGCAUCAGGAGUUCUUCAACCAGCUGUGUAUUUUGGACGAGUUUGAGCUCGGACAGAGGGAGAUAUUCCCAAGUCUGAAGGAAGCUCCUAGUUUGGAGCAGUGUGUCCUGGGCAGACAUCUGAGGGAGAGUCCUGGGGAAACAGCCAAGCGUAGCAAUAGGCAGCAGUUCUUCUCUGUGAAGUCUGCAGACAGUUCUCAUCCAGGUGUGAAGGAGGAUUUGUACGAGGCUCUCCGGAGGGUCCUCCUGUGUCUGGACUCCUGGACUGACUUCCUGUUGACUCCUGGUGGUGCUGGUGAGGAUGAAGCCCAGCUGAGGCUGCUGCAGCAGGAGGUGACUGACCAGAAUGCUGCUCAAUGUGUAUCAGCUGAGCUGGAGACUCUUAAUGAGCUGUUGAAUAAAGUGGAAUCAGAGACCAGCCCUGGACUUUGGAAAGAGGAACCAGACGCUUACCGCUGUUUGACCUGCCUUCAAGAUUGUCUUCGUACUGUCCAGCUGGUCUCCACCUCAUCCAACAAUCAGCUCACUGAAGAUCUGGGCCUCAAGAAACAGCAUCAGGAGUUCUUCAACCAGCUGUGUAUUUUGGACGAGUUUGAGCUCGGACAGAGGGAGAUAUUCCCAAGUCUGAAGGAAGCUCCUAGUUUGGAGCAGUGUGUCCUGGGCAGACAUCUGAGGGAGAGUCCUGGGGAAACAGCCAAGCUACAGCAAGUAGCCCGGUCCUUGCUUCAGGGGGUAACUUGCCUCCUGGAACUGGGUGAAGAAUGCAUAAAAGAAAGGCAGAUUAGUCAGGUUCACAACCGCAGCCAACUUCAAGCCGUUCUCUGCAGGCACAAGAAUCUCCUGCAGGUCCUCGGGUCUCAGUUGGCUUUUGUGCAGCAUCUAUUCCAGCGUGAGCCAGAAGUACUCAAGUGUCAAGAGGAUAAGCGGCUACAGCUGGAAGUCAGGGCCAAAGCUUUGCAGCAACAGGCCCUGGAACAGGAAGUGGCUUCUCAAAGGAGGCUGCAGGAGUGGACCCUCUGGGAGGAUAAUUGUGGUCAGCUGGGUAGAGUUUUGGAUGAGUCUGAAGCCCUCAUCAGCAGUGGAGAACCGGAGGGAGACGAGGAGGAGUUUGUAAUACAGCACAGACUAGAUGCCUGCCAGCAAACACUGGUCCAGUUAGACGAGCGCAGAGCUGCUUUAGGACUGCUCCUGGAUCAGUGCAAGGUGCUGCAGGCAGAGCCAGUGUUUUCUGCCUCAGUCAGCCAGGCAGGAGGUGCUCUGGAGCUGCGGUGGAGGAGUGCUUUCAGGCGGACGGAGCAGGAGAUUCAACGCUGCAGAGACAUCCAGGACCUCCGGGCCAGAUUCCAGACAGGCUUCGCCACGGUCAGUAAAUGGCUGGUUGCUGCCAACAAACACCUGAAGACGUGGUCAGACCUGGCGGACACCUCAGACCUGAGCCAGGAAUGUGUUCACAAUAAUCUAAUCAAGCUGCUGGUAAGGCUCUUGUAUCUUCUCAUCACCUUUCCGUACGACUAA